AUGCGCUCCACGUGUCCCAACGCGGACACGGACGCCGAGGAUGGACGCGCUGCCUCUGGAACCCUAGCCUCGCACCGCUAUAAGAAUCGCGCCGCCACUGCUUGCUCCACUCCUAGCCUCGCCGCCGCCCUCCCCUUCCUCCUCUGCUCCCAAGCAGCGCCGCCGCCGUAUCAGCCUCGCCCUCGACGCCUCGACGUCGCGCACGGGCCCUGCCGUCGGCCGUGCGAAGCCCCCAGCCUCCCUGCUCGCCCUCCCGUCCCCGUGUCCGAGCCGCGCCUCGACGAUGGGCAGGAGCUCCGCGCCCUCGCCGCGCCGAGCCCCGACCGGACCCCGACGACCACGGCCGGCCGCGCGGACGCCACAGCGCCACCAAGCCCCCUCGGUGCCCCGCGACGCCGAGCACCGCCGUGCCGAGCUUCGUCCGCGUCCUCGCCACGGUGA